UCAGACUCUCGACGAAAAUGGAGACGAACUCGAGCACGAGUUGAAUGAUGGGCCGAAGGGGCUGGAGAUGAGCAGCUCCUUCACCAUGAUGACUGCCUCGUAAGCUACACCUGCGUGUCCGCCCUCACAAAUGAGACCCAUCGCCUGCCGAAGGGUCGUUUGGUGGGUCUGGAGGAAGCUCGCGCGAAGCUGGGGCCCUCCUGCCGCCUCGAGGGAGGAGAACGCUUUGAGAGCGUAUCGGACCAGCCGGAGUCUCGCAUAUGUCGUCACAUCGAUGACACGGGGCAGCGGCCCGCCGCCUGGCGAUGCCUCGACGAUAGCUACAGACGCGAUGCUGCUGUCGACCUCCCCACCCAGGUCAACCUCCUUCCCUUCUCCUUCCUCAAGCUGCUUCCAUGUGACGAUCUCGAAUAUGUCCUGGAUCGCCGACAGACGAUCCGACGAGGCCAUGUGCUCCAGGAAGCCAUGAGAGAAGAGGCCAACGAGCAGGUCAGCGGUCGCCACCUGACAUUUCACUCCGCUGCUAUCCACCAGGCGCAUCAGGACGCGACGGAAAAGCUUCUUCUCUUUUCCGAGCCGAACGGCCAGCCGCUGGACGAAUCCAUCGGUCACCUUGCCGCCCACACCCUCAGCGACGGCUUUGGCUGCCGAGGUGAAUGUCUCGAUGUCGUCAGAUAGCAGGCCGUCCACCAGCGCAUCGGUGUCGACGGGCGAUGAGGGCUGCGGAGAGGGGGAGCGGGGCGGCGGAGGAGGCCCUGACGCCGGAUGGGUGUGCGCGGCUGUCUUGUGCUUGACUGGGCGGUGCGAUCGGCCCGUUGCGGCUGAGUUGCUGCACACGUUGGCCGUCUUUGGGAGCGACUGGAUGAAUGACGUCACCUACACAGAAAGGCCGGAGGGAAUCAGAGAGGCAUCUGUGCAUCCAUCGACUCUUUGGUCUUGUGGUUUCGUUGACUGCGUCGCUCACCUCGAAAAAACAGGUCACGGCGGCGUCUCAGCUGCUGGAUGGCCUCACACUGGCAAUAAAGCAGACGGACAGACACACACGGGUACGUCACGAUCGACCUGUGGCUAUAUGAUCCAUCUCCUCUGCUCGGUGCUCACCUGAACGAUUUGGUCGACGAAUGGGUUGCUGGUCGCCUUGCCCUUAGUGACCAGCUCAUCACCAACACUGCAGGACGGCACAUGACAGAUUCACAUACAUGCACCAUGUGGCAGCCACCAAUCCACCCUGCCGCUCCCCCGCUCACUUGAUCAUCUGCUGCAGAAGCUUUACGAUAGCGACGACGAGUAAUCGCUGGCCGGCAUCAGCUGUGUAUGUGGCCACAGUUUCGGCCAAUAGCUGGCAGACAGCUUCUACCAGUCGAUGGCCUGCGUCGAUGUCGCCCGAUUCUGUGCAGGGCAACACAGCGCACACCCAAGUCUAGCUUUAAAUGCCAGUCUGUGUCCCCUCCAGCGCCUCUCUUCCUCUCAUUCUGCCUGACCUGAAACUAAUCCUGCCGGUAUCUUCAAGCAGAAGAGCAUGGUGGUGUAGACGUAUGGCGGUAGCUCGACGUCCUGGCCGACAAGGGCAUUGGCCGCUCUAAUGGCCGUCAUGAUCAGCGAGGGGUUGUCAACCAGCGGCCGGCAUGACGACAGGGGGAGAGGGGGGAGAGAGUGCCACUGACUGUUCAGUGUGCAGACGCCCGUCAUGAUGGAACCCAGUGUGGCCGUCCCCACAGCCAACGUCCCUCCUUCUGCCGAGGCGAUUAUGCCCAGGAGUGUCUCCAUGUGUGGGUAAAUGUGUUGUCUGACCAGCCGCUUGACGUCCUUCUCGCGCAGAGCUGAUGGACGGACACACACAGAAGACGAAAAGCUUGAGUGGUGGGCCGGUCACUUGCUCAUCAACUUACAUCUGUCCUUCCGCCGCGAAGCCGCACGGGCAACCAGACCAGGUGGCUCCAGCGCCAUCAGUCACCCCUGUGCAUCCAUGUGGGGCGCCCCAUUCGCCAGCUCCACCACAUGGUCGACCAGGAGUGUAAACAGGGGGAGGGACAGCUGGAGGGGUAUGGGCGUGAGAUCCACAUCGGGUGAAGAUGGCGACGGGGUGAACGGCAGCAGCAGCUGUUGGAAGACGCGAGACGCCACAGGCGAAACAGAUCCCUCCAUGUCGGUGCGCAUGAUCUUCAGGCACUGCUUGACAGUCGUCAGGUUGUCAGCGAGCAGUACGUCCCGCAGACGAGCGCCCUCCUGCGGUGCAGCCUCACGCAGAGCCUGAAGCACCGGGGCAAGAAGCCCCAGCCGCACAAGCGUGACGACAUCCACUGGAGCAUCGGCUUUGAGGACGUGUUUGACGACCAGGCUCUCGUCGGGCCCAUAGCAGCGGCCGCUGCCAUCUGCUGAUAUGUGCCUCCAUGUAACCAGAUCCACAACAACACGAGCCACAUCGACCAGCCGAGAUGGCUGCAGUGCUGCAAGAGCGGGCUUGAUCCUCCCCAAAAGAACUCCGAGCAGAUCUGCAGCAGCCAGCUGGGCCUCUUUGUUGCCGUCAUCCACCAGCCAGGUCAGUAUGCGACGCAGUCCAUCCUUGUCCUCGAGAAGCCGACGGAACACACCUUGGCCUUGCUCUCUGGUGAGCUCACGUGUGUCACGAAGCGUCCCCGCUGCCGCCGUGAAUGUCCUGGGGUCCGCUGACAGCAGAUCUGCAGCAAUGGCAUCGAUGCCACUCUGACUCAGCGGCGGCUCACGAGAUCCCUUCCUCAU